AUGGCACGAAUAUCGCUACUUAUUCUCCUACUGGGAGCAUUCAUCUCGCUGGCCGCAGCAUCUGCGCCCACCUUUUGCAAAUGCACAUGCUUUAAGAACAGCACCAUCAUCCCGCUCGGUCCCAAAGACGAAACCCUCCGCCGCUCUGUCGAUCUUCCAACAAUCGAGCUUGAGCCGCGCUCAAAGUCUAAAUCAUGUUCUGAGUGCACCAAGGCCUUCUGUCUUAAGCAGGGCAUCGACUUCUGCAAAGACGCGACUGAGGAGGAUGUCACGACCAUGUGCUUCCAGCGCGACAGCAACAAGGACAAGAUCAUAGUCUGGGCGUUCAUCGCUGGAACUCUCGGAUUGCUGGGCUGGGCUGCUUUCAAGAAGGUUAUGGCGCUACGGGGACCUACGUUUCCCAGGCAGAAUAGCAACUAUGCUCCUAUGCAAGGGAACUUCCGAUGA